AAUCAAGAUAACAUAUCAUGAAACUUUAGAUGAUUCUAUAACGGAAGAAUUUAUCAAAGCGAAAAAAUGCUUGUGUUACUGUUUUCUACUCUCUUAUUUUACGGAGCUACUGUUUCUGAAGGAAAACGUGAGUUGAAAAUUUUUUAUUCUAAUUACAAGAUAUUUAACUUGAAUAACGAGUAUCAGUCAACAGAAAAGUUGAUGCUCUCCCAUUAAAUUAAAAUGAUUAGUUUUGGAAAACGACCAAUAGGUUCUCUAAUGUAAAAAAUUAACUUAAAAUAACUGGCGGAAGUUUGUUAAAAGAUUAAAAAGCUUUCACUUCUUGGUUACCGCGAGGGUCUUAUGUCGUGAACUCUAUUUCAUCGAGUGCGUUUCUAACAAAAAGAUGAAAGCAUAUCUCAUAGACCAUCCACUUUUUUCUUCAGAAUGAACGACGUUCAUGACUUUAAUUCAAAAAUUUGUCUUGUUUAAGAGCUAAAUUGUAUUUAUGUCGAGAACGGAGAAGUUACAAUGGAAUUAAGAAGCAGCCAGUUUUAGAAGGAUUGUUUUCUUCACCUCCGUUAAAUAAUCUUACUUCAGCAUGCGAAAAACUUAGUCGUUUACAUUGUGUAAAAAAUUAUUGUCUCGAAAAACUGCUUCUUUUUCGGCGACAGUGGAUCGUUCAUGAACGAGAUAGUAUUUUCCUCACCACCUGACAAAGAACAGACAUGGAACAGCCAAACUCUGAUUUUUGAUACGAGAAAAACCCGUUCGUGGAAAGCGUAAAGUGUUGCAAUAAAAUUACAAUAUUUUUGUCGGGAAUUGACUUUGAAAGCUCGGCUCGUUCGACAAAUUCAAACUUUUAAGGCUCUACUGUCUAGUGUUCGGCAGCUGUGAAUUCGCCGAGGUUCCAUGUAAUCAAAAUUCGGUUCAAGUGGGAAAAUGUUUGUUGAAUAUUUUCGGAUCGUAUUGCAUAUGGUGAUAGAAAAAGGCAGAUAGCGGUGUUAUUUCCUGUGUUCCAAAUUCCGUCCUUUGAUAGCAAUUUGAUCAAGAAUCUACCGUUUUCGUCUAACUCACCCACAGAAAAUUGUACCAUGAGCUCUCCCAAUUGUUAUUCCUUGCCGAUUAGGUGUACCCAUUUCUCACCCAAAGAACUACACUAUUCGUCUUUUUAGAAGAGAAAUCAUAUGGAUUUUUUUUUCAUUUACGCCCUGGGUAUGCCAAAAUCCUCAUAGCUGCCUUUUAACUCGAUCGGCGAAAAUAUUUUGUUUAUUAGAGAAGUUUAAAAUGUUAUCACACAGAAUUUUCGUUUAAUCCUAAAAUUUCCCGGUUGUUUUCAAGAGAACGACCUCCGAGUAGUAAUGAUUAAUGCCCUCUUAAACUUCUUGUGGAGGGUUUUGAGAAAGUAAUAAUUAGGGAUAAUGCAAUUGGAAAUUUAAUUUUUUGGGGGAUAUCUACCCGAUGAAUUGAAAAGCCAAAAUUACAAUGAAACGUCCGAAACCGAUUGACAUAAUUUUAACAUUUUAAGCUCCAGUGCAACGAAACGUGAUUUAUUGCAUAUAAGAGACCUUAAGCUGUUGCGUAAUUUUUAAGUUAUUCAGGUCUAUAUCAGAGCCUCGCAAGUAAGCUGCAAUUUAAGAAAUUAAAGAGAAGAAGCCCAUGAUAACUUGGGCUUCGAUGUCAGGGAUUCAAACCCGUGAAACGUUCCUCCAAGAUGAUGGCGGGAGAAUUGUAAAGUUAAAUGGGUUCUUCGUUUCCGGAGAGGAAUCCAAUGAGAUUUAAAGUUAUGUACCGAGUAAAAUUGCUGCGCGACGUCUUUCUGUAAAGUAGCUAAUCUUUCCCUCAGAUCUUUUUGAUUAUCCAAUAUUUUUAUUAAUUGAAUGAUUCUUUUCAGUUUACAGAUUGGUAGUUAAAACCGCGGACGAAGCAUUUGCCGGCACCGAUGCCACAAUUCGCAUCCGAAUGCAAGGCUCAAAAGACGGAAAGAUAGAAAGAGAAAUAAAAGGAAGCUUUGAACAGGAUAAGUAAUGAUGAUGAAAAUUAUUAACAUUAUUAUGAUAAUGAUGAUGACAACGACAACGAAGACAAUGAUGAUAGCGGUGUCAAUGGCAACCUAAGAAGUUGAUGAUUAUAUGACUACAAGAAGUUGACGAUGAAGUUGAUGAUGAUGGUCGAUCAUAUAAUGAUCGGUCAAAUAAACUAUGCUGCAAAAUCUGAGCAUUAUGAUUUUGAGCGUCCUCUCUGAAAACAAGGCAUCGUGCCGAAAAUUAAGCUCAAUAAUUUUCAUGAUGCUCAAUUUAAUUAAGCAAAAGAAAAAUAGCCUUUAAGAGCCGCUAAACCCCUUCUCUGACAUUUCUGCCACCAACGAGUAAACCUUGCUAAGAUAAAAAGCCUAAGGAGGCUUGAACACAACAUUUAGGUAAAUCAAAUUGCUAAAGUGCAGGCAAGGAAAGCAGGCUUACUGUUGACAUUAUUUAGGAUAAAGAAUUUAUCGCUCGUUGAACUGUGACAUCAAUGAAUGUUUCAGAAGUUUAGUCGUUAUGUUGGCAUUACGCUCGAUGCUCUGACUUUAGCGUUAUACCAAAAAGUGUGCCAGCAUGAUUUAAUCUGACCUUAAUUUUAAUUGCUUAGUUCGUGCUUUACAACAAUUAAAUCUACCAUGCAUGUGGAGAACAAUCUUUCAUGCCUGUAAACUGCUUUGCAUCUAAAAACUUUGCUUCAUCAUAAAUUUUGUCGUUUUGAUAAGAUUUUGAGUAUAAGUUGCAUUAUUUCUCUUCCACGACGUAUAGAACUGACAACAUUGAUGUAGAUGACUACGACAUUGGAAAUGUCACAGGAAUGGACAUUAAACGUGAUAACAGUGGGAUUUUGCCAGAUUGGAAACUUGACAAGGUAAAUUGCUCAUAAAACUGAGGAUAUACAAAAUACUUGUAGUUUUGUAGCGUAUUUACUGAAACUGGGAGGCCAACAGGUGAUCAAAACCAAUCCGAGGACAGAAGUGAAACUGGCGAUAGACUCCAACUUUUUUAAAUGCAGCCAAGUAUGUGUAGGGCACAGAAAGGUGACAGCUCAACUGGAUCUUUGACCGUUGCCUUUUUCACUUUUUCAGUGUUAGUUUAACGUCAAAUGUUGGUAUUUCAGUAUUUUCGCAUGCUUGAAGACCGCAGGAGUGUAACUUAAAAAAAAUCAUCUUCCGCAUUGUGUCUUUGGCUGUUUAAGAAAAUAAUUAACGAGAAAGCGAGUUUCACUAUAUGAUCUAUUUCGGCCAAGUGUAUGAAAGGCUUGAAUUGUCCUAUAGUUUUUUCUAGGCGGCCUGUUUCAGCAGAUCUGUUGCAGAACAAAAAUUUUCAUUUUUAGAAAAUGUCAUCUCUCUUUUAUGUACAACAAGUGAAGUCUGAAAAACUUCCGUCAAUAGUCUUCAAGAUCACAAGUGCUUGAGUUGUGUAUGUAAUUGUGAUAUUAAAAUCACUAUAAGUUAACAUGAUGUGAUAUCCUCCUGGGUCAUAGCAAAUUCAUUGUAUCGUUUCUAUCUUUCUAGAUCACCAUCCAUGUCGCUGGCGCUGUAGACAGCAUCUUCAAUUAUAACGCCUGGGUCCCCAAAAACAAGUGGGUUAAAUUAACCCGUAAGUAACUGUACUCACCUUGUGCGUUGCUGAGAUUUAUGUUUUACGCGAAUAUUGAUCAGCCAAGAGAAUUCUUCGCAUGAGUAAGAUUCGCAGCACAAAUUUGGCUAUUUUUCAUGCUUUUGAGAUAAAAAGUAAUUUGGGUAAGUCUUUUUGGCUUAAGAGUCACGAGGGUAAGACUACGCAUGCUUAAGAGUUUGAGGGAAAUAUCUGGAAAUAUCAGCCUUGGACAUUUAAAAAAGAGCAUGCUUUGUAAAAAUGCCGACAAGGAUGGGUCAUUUUAAUAUUGAUGGGGAGAGGAGUUUUCAAAAACUGCAAAAUGACUCCUCUGAUUUCUUUUUCUAGAUGUUAGUUUUAAGGUUUAGCGACUUUUUGGGAACAAAUGUUUGCAAUGCAAAAAAAUAGAGAUUUCUGGUGAGAGCUAAAGUUUUCAGGAAUUUCUUAUUAAGGUAGCGGAACAUUGACAAAAAAUAUAACGGAAUAUCGUCAAAUUUUCGACUUAUUAAUUAAUCAAGAAGAGGGAAUAUUUCUUCAGAAUUUUUUCUUGUACGGAAGCUAAUUUUUUGUAUAGAUGACCAUAUGCGAAACUCGCAAUAUUACGGUAAGCACCCGCACGAUUUUCGUGCCAAGAGGAAAGACUCAAGACUUGUGUUUUAAACCCGUACACUGCACGUCAAAGAACUCGUUAAGGAUUUCUUGGUCGAUCGUCUUCUGUGAGUUAUACUGUUUCUUAAUGAGUUAAUUUUCUUCAUUGUUGCUUAGUCUGAAUUUUCUUUCAGUCUCUUGUCCAAGUGGAUUUCGCAUAAAUGCAAAGGGUUACUGCGAUGGUGAGUUGCUAUUGUGUUAUAUUGAUUUGGUCAUUGAUCUAAUCCUUUUUUUAGCUGGGUUCCCUGUUCGCCAGUUUUUCCCGCCUUUUAGAUCACAUAACCUCCGUGACUCGGAAUGUUCUGUGUAAUGUCGGUCGUUUGGCUGUUUUGUUAUUAAUACUUACAUUGUUAAUUGCAUGCUAUGGCACCGCAUAUUCAAUUAAAGUAACGAAAUCUGCUACUAUAAAGUUGGAGAAAUUUAAAUCAUUUACAUUGGUUCGUUGGUCUUUACACAACUAUUGUUUUAUGCGUCGGCGUUCGUACAUUACAACAUGAGCGGUCGUGUACGUUGAGACACACGAGAAAAUAAAACCUCACUGUAAAGUAUUAAAUUGAACUUCAACCUUUAAUCAAGCCAAUAAAAACUGUCCAUUUUCUGGAAUAUGGUGAAUUGAGACAAUUAUGGUUUGACUAAGUUGAUUGUGUCAGUGUCCUAGGUACUUUUUCAAAUCAUUUAUAAAGUUCUAAGACGUUUUCGCACAGGCGGAAAAAUUCCCUGCAAAUCAGAGCAAUCCAGAAAUGGAUGUAUGUUAGGGCGUGGUAGGGGAGGUUUGGAUGGGGCUGUGCCACUGAAACAAGGUCCUUUUAGCUGCUCUUCUUUAAAAUCGAGUAGAAUCUAGGCAUUCUUAGUCAGCCCUUAAGAAAAAGCAGAUUUGGAGCUGAUUCAAUAACACAUUUUGAUUUGUAUUGGUUCCAGUCUUGGAUGUGGAUGAAUGCAAACAAAAUCCUCCCAUUUGUGUACCCCCGGCCGAGUGUCAUAACACCGUGGGCUCAUACUACUGCCAGUGUCCACGUGGUUACGUCAAAAAAGCAAAUUCAAACACCGAGUGUGAAGGUAUUGCGAAAAAUGUCUGUAUCUUAUGUUGAGUUUUCAUAACUAUUGCCAUAGCUGUUAUUAUCAUGCUUCAUCAUACAAAACAAUUAUCUAACCUCUCGGAAAUUCUCUUUAAAUGUGCGAAAAAUGCGACUACGGCACUGCCAUUAUUUUUUUGAAAAGGACUCAGUCAUCUAGCCAAUACAAGCAGAGCCACAUUGCAUAGCUCUAACUAUCUCAAAUAAAUAUUCAUCUGAGUCAAGAAUACCAUUUGGUGAAGGUCUCGAUUGUGUAAACUGUUAUGUACCGUAAAUAGACGGAAUAAAGAGAAAUGAGCCCACCUCUCCCCUAAUUGUGCUUCUCUAUUCAUUAGAUGUGAAUGAGUGCAAUCAAGGUCAACCGUGUGAUCCGGUGACGUCAAAAUCUUGUGAGAAUCUUCCUGGUGAUUACAAGUGCAUUUGCAAGGAUGGUUACCAGAACUCAAAUACAAAGAAAUGCAUAAGUAAGAAUCCCCUUGACAAUCGGCUCGAAAUUUUGAUGAAGUAAUUUUCUAGUGAGCCCAAAAAUGCAUGUAAAAAUACACCUUGGUAAUUGAUCAGGGAUAAUUGCCGCGCAUCCUCGCUAGUUAUCAAUUAUUGUUCCACCACACCGCCAUAGGGCAAUGAACCAAAUGUAAUUUUCAUCUGAUUGUACGAAACUAGUUUCCAGCAAAAAAAAAUCGAAAUUAUUUCGCUUUAUUGAAACGCCUUUCCUGGACAAAACAAAAUAUAAUCAUAGACUAUAGCGCGCUCUAUUGCGUUCGCUUUGAAAAAGUUUUCUCAGUGCAAGUAUUUCUUUAAUGUAACGAGGUGCGAAUAAACUUCGUGGAAAAUAAAUAUUGGGACAAAAUGCGAUAUAACUUUAAUUACAGAAGAUUUGUCUCGGUCGUGAAAAAGAACUUUAAGUUUGUCGACUUUUUUACUCUUUCUUUUUUUUUUUUUUUUUUUUUUUUUUUUUUUUUUUUUUUUUAAUCAUUAUCCCUUUCUUUUAUUUUUUCCAGACAUAAAUGAGUGUUCUUUGGGUACAGACUCUUGCGACAAGUCUAUCUCAACCUGUCACGACGUCGGUGGAACCUAUUUUUGUGUCUGUAAGGAAGGUUACACUCAGGGAGCCAAUAACAGGAUUUGUCAACGUAAGCUAACUUCAAUGACUUCUCGUUGAAGCUGAUCAAUAACAUCAUUGAAAAAAAAUUAACUAAUCAGAUGUCACGAACCAGACUUAGAAUGCUCAACUGCGAGAGAACUCUUCAGUUGACCUUGACUUCCGCUAAGGUUGUUGAAACGUUAGUCUCUGUUUCCAUCAACAAUCCUUCUCAGGGCUUUUCUUACCCAGACGAUGAGACCACAUUAUCAAACAUUCUAUUAGAUGUUUAAGAGAAAAACAGAAAUGCACAUUUGAUGAGGAAUGCUGAAACAAGCAGUUUUAAGUCCAUUUAAAAUUGUACAUAGUAUACAAGAAAUAUGGGUUGCCGCAACUUAACUUGCAGAUUUUACGUUACGGCAUUUUUAUGUUUACUGUCUCCGAUGCGACGAGCGGCGCUUAUACGAGGGCGGCGAUUUUAAUUAUUUAAGUCUGUAACUUUUUGCUCAACCUGAUUCCAGUUCACAUCCAUAAAACGGAUUACGCCAGUCAAAUAUGGCCGCAGUCUCGUUCAAAAUCUCUUUCGUAUCCGCUUCUGUAGAAUCUAAACGCGGGAGAUCUGGAAGCAACUUUGCAAACCCAACAACAGUAUUUCCCGCUAAAGAGCCACACCCCCCUUUCUUUCAAAGCUAAGUGGUCCUUUUCUUUUUUCGUCCAAAAACCAGCUGUCAAAUGUGGUGCCCUCAGCGUAUCCUCCAGAAGCAAUGUGACACCACCAAGAUGCACUCAACUGGAUUCUAAUGUCUUUGGUGAUAAAUGCGUGAUGACGUGCAAAGACGGUUACGUCAUGGAUGACAUCCAACACGGAACUCUUACCUGUAGCAAAUCUGGCAGGUGGGAGGGAAACAUGGGCACGUGCAACCGUAAGUAUAGGAAAUCUUGUGCUUCUUGAUAUAUUCAGUCAACUGCCUUUCUACUCACUACUUUUUCAAAAUUGGGCUCUAUUUAAGUGAGAAAGAGGGCUGAAAUUUUUCCGAUGUAAAUGCCGCAUCUCGGUUACCGAGAUGGAAUUUUCGAUAUCGCUGAGGUUCACUGCUCAUCUCGCAAACUAAGGCGAUUUUUUUCCGGAAUGAACGGGAGAAAAAAAACGUAGUACCACCAAUCGAGGAUCCCCAUGGGGUUAGCUUCGAGUCGCAACAUGGCAAAGAAAAAAUAAACCGUUUGGCGCAAAAAUUGACAAAUUUUAACCGUUGGACGUGAAAAAAAUUUUAACCGUAUUUUCUUAUUACCGCAACGGAAAGAAAUGAACCGUUAGCUGUACAAUUGCAAAAUUCUACUCGUUUACAUUCUUCCAUUGAGGCCUUCCUAAUCGGGCAAGCCAACACGAGGGGGCUGGGAACUAACUUACCUUUCUCAUUUAUCUUGCCUCGUUUCAAUUUAUGCAAAAGUUGAAAAGUUUCCACAAUUGGAGUGGAAGUGUUUAGUGGUUGGUAAAAAAUUGGUCGUGUGUGGAAAAAAAUACAACAAAAUUUUGUAUCUGUGUUUUGACAGCUGUUCAGUGUCCUGCCUUGCCAGCCAUUGCAAAUGGUAAUAUAUACCCCUCAACAUGCACAACUACUGGCGUAAGUUACACACAUUUGUGUACGUACAGUUGUAGAAGCGGUUAUCAGCUCUCAGGGUUGGGGAGUAGACAAUGCCUAAAGGACAAGACCUGGAGUGGAGUGGCACCGGCUUGUAGUCUAAGUAAACAAUAACAAUUUCAAUUUUCGUGUAGUGUAUUACUCUGUUUUCUUUGUUAGUCUGUUUUGUUUUCUUACAUUUAGGAAAAAAGCCAUCGAAUAUGCGUAAACUCGGACAUUCUUUUCGACUUCAUCUUUAACUUUCUACUUUUGCAAUGAAAGAGGAAACAAAAAAGUAUUUUAAGGUGGUUAUCACUUUCUCGAUUCAUUUUUCCAUGCAAAUUUAAGGAAAACAAAAAGAAGAACAUUGGUUCUUAUCUGCUUUUAAUACUAUCUAAUACUUAAUGACAAAGGAAGGAAUUCUUCAAUAGACUGGACUUAGUUUUGAACUUAAAGUAAAGGAUCAUUCUGAAAUUUCAACUUGGAACUUAUCUAAUGAACGGUCUUACUUGUUUUAUCUUAAUCAACAUCAUGCUUGUUUUCUUUGCCGUCGUUUGAUUUGCUAUUAUUGUCGUUGUCAUCGAUAACAAUAUCAAUAUUAUUAUCAUUAUCGGCUAUCUUUAUCGUCAUUGUUAUCGUUAUCGUUAUCAUUAUCGUAAUCGUUACCGUCAUCGCUAUCAUUAUCGUUAUCGUUAUCAUUAUCGUUAUCAUUAUCGUUAUCAUUAUCGUUAUCAUUAUCGUUAUCAUUAUCGUUAUCAUUAUCGUUAUCAUUAUCGUUAUCAUUAUCGUUAUCAUUAUCGUUAUCAUUAUCGUUAUCAUUAUCGUUAUCGCUAUUAUUAUCGUUAUCAUUAUCGUUAUCUUUAUCGUCAUUGUUAUCAUUAUCGUUAUCGUUAUCAUUACCAUUAUCAUAAUAAAUAUCAUUAUCGUUAUCGCUCAUCACCAUUAUCAUCCUCGUCAUCGUCAUUUUCAUCGUCACCGUAAUUGCCAGUCACUGUAAUUGUCAUUCUCAUAAUAACCAUUAGUUUUGUGGUAAGUGGAUAUGUGGAAAAACAGGCGGAAAUAUCAGAAAGUGUGAAAUGUUAACUUCAUGUCACUGACAAGAAGCUGAGUGGUGAGUUAUGACAAAAUUUUGCUUGGCUAGCCACAACAAAUUACCACACGAUAGUGUGUUGAUUUUGUUUUCAGUUGUAAGCAAGCCUUGGAUCGAGUGUCCGGAUAACAUAAGACAAGUUUUAGCCCCAGGAAAAGAUAAAGCUGACGUUAGCGCUGUGUGGAAGUUGCCCGUUUCGAACGUGCAGGAAGUGAAAAUCAACCCGCCUGAAAUCUCCAAAGAUUACCUCUUCCCUCCAGGGAUGACAAAAGUCGAUUGGACAGUGUCCAACUCAGCAGGAACCGCUAGCUGUUCUAUGUAUGUUACUAUCAGUGGUAAGUGACUUAGUGAACGCAUCCUCUGCUUACAAAAUGAUGAGGCAGCGUUACAGCGGUGGAACAGCUUUAUAGAUGUCACGCCAUACCCGCGUGAAGCUUAAAACAAAGUUUCCUAAUCUGAACACGUUUAAAGAUCUCGCUUAUGCAUAAAAGUAACUUUAGAAUGGGUGUAAAGAUCCAAAAGAAUACAAAUUUGCCACGGCCAAAACCCGAAGAAUGUGACGACAAUUUUUUUUUUUCAGAUGAAGAGCCUCCCAAGGUCGUGAGCUGUCCCAGCGAUAUCUAUAAAAUUUCCGACACACCCAAGGCUGUUUCUUGGAUUGAGCCGACCUUCAGUGACAACGUCGGAGUUACAAAUGUGGAGAACCAAUACAAAAGUGGCGAUGUUUUCCAGUUUGUUCCAACUAAAGUUGAAUACAGAGCGUUCGAUGCAGCAGGAAAAAGCGCAAAAUGCGAGUUUACCGUGACACUCAAACGUAAGUUCUGCCUGAUUUGUUCUGAAUAAUGAGUAAGGUCACGAAGUUCUGUUCUUGGGAAAGAAAUUUUACCAUUUCACAUGGAAACUAACCUAAACGUUCAUUGAUAUGUAUCUCUCCCCCAACCGCACAAAUGUUGUUGUAGCUCGAGCUGCACGGAAGAGGCUAAUCCUGAAGGAGAGAUAGCACAGCUACGAAAGGUUCCUAUUUUUCUUUCUGUAACGUGCACGUAAUAUUCGCGCAGAAAUAAUGAAAAACCUAAUCGUACUUAAUAGAAAGCCCGAAGGUGCGUUCAAAAAUUAUCGAAGAUGGGAAAACGUAGGCUCCUUUCGUAAGAGUUUAUAAAGGAAAAUGAAAGCUAUAGCAUAAGUUACACGUAGAGCGUCCGAGUUCGACUGAAUGAUUAUAUAUGAAAGUCAUGUACGUGAAUUCCGGAUCAAUCGACUGUCAAAGUUUUUUGUUAAUCAUGAGCCAAAUCACUAAGCGGUCUCUUGCAAUGAAAAGUACCAUAACAACAUAUUUAAAUCUCUAGGACCGUCUUGCCACGACCCUGAUGGCCCUGUUGGUGGCACCAAAUCAUGUAACAAGGUCAGCAGUGCAUCUUCAUUCUGCACCGUUCAGUGCCCCAGUGGAAGUAAUCUGUACAAGCCACCACCUAACGUUUACUUUUGGCAGUGCAAAAAUGGAGUCUGGAGUCCUUCUAACACAAUUCCGGAUUGUGUCGGUAAGACAAGUAUUCGAUGUUUUUCUUUUAUUUGUUGCUAACGAGAGUAGGUAGCGGACGAGAAAGAAAGCGAAAACGAGGAUGAGGAAGAGGAGGAAGAGAAAGACAGAGGUUAGAGGACAAGGCGGAGGACGGGGACGAGGAGGAGGGGAUGGAGGAGGAAGAGGUCAAGGACAAAAGGAGGAGGACGAGGACGAGAAGGAGGAUGGGGACGAGGAGGAGGGGAUGGAGGAGGAAGAGGUCAAGGACAAAAGGAGGAGGACGAGGACGAGGAGGAGGGGAUGGAGGAGGAAGAGGUCGAGGACAAAAGGAGGAGGACGAGGACGAGAAGGAGGAUGGGGACGAGGAGGAGGGGAUGGAGGAGGAAGAGGUCGAGGACAAAAGGAGGAGGACGAGGACGAGAAGGAGGAGGAGGAGGAGGAGGACAGGACGAUAUCGAGAACGACGAGAAGGAAGACAAAGACGAGGACGAGAUCGAGAAUGACGAGAAGGAGGACGGGUAGGAGGAGGAGGAGGACAAGGACGAGAUCGAAAACGACGAGAAGGAAGACGGGGACGAGGACGAGGAGGGGGACAAGGACAGAAGGAUGAAGACAAGGACUAGAUUGAGAGCGACGAGAAGGAGGAGGAGGGAGACAGGGAAAUGAAGAGGAUAAGGAGGACAUCGAGGGAGAUGAAGAGGAGGACAGAACAUGGGCGAGGAUAGGAUGAGGAGGACAGGGACAGAGUAAAAAUGAGGAUGAAGACGAGGAUAAGUGUGAUGACAAGGACAGAACGAGGAAGAGGAGGACGGGGGGAAGGGGAAAAGACGUGGAUUAGGACAAGUACGAGAACGACGACAGAACGAGAAGGAGGUAGACAGAAUCAGGCCUAUGACAUGGAAAGAGCGACGAGGACGAGGGGGAGGGCGGAAACGGGGAAAGGAAGAGUAGAGGACGAGGAGGAUAACUGAACGAGGAGAAGGAGCGCAAAGCAAGGAGGGGGAGGAAGACAGUACUUCCAACUGAGAACGAAAACUAGUUUUAACAGGGUCCUUGAGACCUGGAAUCGCUUCUCUGUAGACAUUAACUUCGAAGCAAAGAGCGGCAAGAGGAUCAGUAGAAGUAGAAAAAAUCCAUUGCUUCGCCAUGUUUCCUUCUUAUUUAAUUAUUUGGGCAAGUAGUCUGCCAUUUAUUUGGGGUUAAUUUUGCUUUUUCUUUUUUUUUUCUUUAAUGUCCAGUUAGAUUAUCCAUUAAACUAUAAUAAAUACAUAAAAAUACACAAGAUUAAAUAAGAAAAACGUAAGUGGAAAGCUUGAGGUAAGACAAGAGUCAACUAUGUCGGACCUUUGCGCAGUAGUAGUGGGAGGGAAGUAAAUUUUCUGCGCAUGUCAGAAUUCUACUAAGUCAGACAUACCAUUUGCAGUGUCCUCCAAAAAAGAACCGAACACGACGUGCGAAGAAGGUCGAAUCGAAAUGACAGUAACCGUCUUUUUUAAACAGGAAUUGCAUUGUGGUGAGUUUACAAAAGUGAUUUGGCUUACAGUUGCGUGAAAAGCUUUCUGUGGAUGAGAUUGGGUAUGAAAAGAUAGUCGCCCUUCUUACAUCUUACUCCAACCCAUUUAAGGGAAAUCUUUGUCAAAGCGUUUUAUUAGGUAACAUAGUAGCCAGGUUGACAAUUUACAUGAUUAGGCUUGCAAUUAUUUUAAAGGAUAUAGAGUACUUUUGAAUGGGAAUUUUUAAGAUAAAAACAUUCCAUGCUACUCAUGGUUCCAAUUUAGGUUUUUAUUUUAUUUUUCAAAAAUCGAUGUCUAUUUUCGAUCGAAGGGCAGACAGAAGUGAAGUGUAAAUUGCGGUCACUUUUUCAAAUUGCUUUUGAUUCCUACGAAGGGUUACAGCCAUUGACAGAAGAAGGGAUGAUGUUACUAAAAACUAAUAAAACUUAGAGGAGUUGAAACUUUGAAAAAAAAGUUGAGACUAGAACACAGUUUUUGCAAAGAGGUGUAGUUGCUUGACAAAAGGCGCCCACAGAUUUAAUAAACACUGAGCCGUACUUUUGGAAAAGGGUCACGAGAUAAUGUGGGUAGAAUGGUAAAGAAAAUGAUUAAUUGGAAGGAAAGCCAUUUCAAUACGAGCUCAGAAGUGAGACUUUAUAGUCAUUCAAGGUUCGACUUCAAGGCAUUGAAAACAGUGUACCGGAGGUUAUAUAGAUUUGGUUUGAUAGUUCAAGCUAUCUUUUCCUUUUUUAAAACCUUUCUACAGGUAAGUGUCCUGCUGGCAUGUACCAAUCCUCGAAUACUGAUUGCAGUCCAUGUCCCGCGGGAACUUACAAUGAUCAGCAAGGACAAACACAGUGCACGCUUAAGUGUCCCGCGGGUACUUCCUCGUUACCGGGAGCAAGUUCCGCUGUUGAAUGCCGAAGUGAGUUGUUUUAGUUGUACAUAUAGGCAUUUAAUACGCAUGCGCCAAGAAUAACAGAAUAUGAGAAAAAAAAAUUAGUUUGCUUUCUGUAUUUAUAAAAGUCACGUUGUGAUAUUUUGAGUUAGCAAAGGUAAUAGACAACAAAGACACCAAAGAGGUAGGAGCAUACAGAAAAAGGACUGAGGAUUGGUAGUUUCAACGUUUUUAGUUACAUUUUUACGAUCUAUUUUUCUGACAUAGCUGAAUGAAGUUUGCCCAUGUCACGAAUUCAUUUGUGAGCUCGGGGCAAUAGUAUAUAUUAAUUAGAAAAGUUAAGAACUUUAUGACCCUUCAUCCAGUCAAACCACUAUUUAGCUAGCCUAAACUAACAACUGUGGCAAACGAGCGCCUAGCACUCAUAUCGACAUACAUGCAGUGCAACCUGUACAAACUGCAUUUUCGGGGUCGAAAUAGAAGAGCUUGCGGCUGAGUUUUGAUAAGUCUGCAAGGAUAGAGCUAUGGCGCACAAAGGCCCUUCUCAGCCCCUCUUAUAGAACGGCCUGUAAUGAAAGUUUUAAGAUAAACCCUUGUACUUACGUACUGAUCCUGGGAAAAAAACCGCGCCGCUCUUCAAUUUCCCCAAGAGUGUGCCAUUUUAGUACAAUGUUGUUAUGGUUCCGUACGUGGUCCCACGUGUGCAGUUCCCCCGCUCCCCUACCCUCCACGGCCUCAUUUCAAUAACAUACUAAGAUAUUUAAAAUGCAAAGUAACGUGGACAAUUUCUACCUUACAAUCUCCUUGACAAAAUGCAAUCCCACCCUUUCUCGGAUAGUAUGCAACUGGUUAGCAACUUCAAAAGAAGGUAUCAUUACAUUUCAAUCUGACUUGUACAACCGAACAAGAAUAUUUUCUUCCCUUAAAGAUCUUUUAAUCGGGAGAAAUAUGAGAUAUGAUAUGAUUUAAGCAUUUAACUGGCCUUUGUGUGUUGUGAAGUCCAUAGAGCGAUCGGCCAAUAAAAUGCGAUUAAAAAUAAGUUUUAUGAUGGGUCUAGUUACCAACAACGUUGAUUAUCAACCAAGGAAUUUGAGGCCUGAUGUGACGCUUAUAUACACCAAAUGCUUAUUUCAUUCUAGACUUAUGUCCCCCUGGAAGGUUCUCCUCUGAUGGCCUGGGACCGAAUUGUCUGGAUUGUCCACGUGACACAUAUCAGGACAAACCUCAGCAGACAGAUUGUAUCUCGUGUCCGAACGGAGCCAGCACUGUCGCAGCAGGCUCAAGUUCGCUUAAUGAUUGUGGAGGUUUGUUUAUUUUUGCCCGCAAAUGCCGUAUUGUUCCCGGCCGGUAAGAAAAGUCAAGGUCGUACGGAGUACGUACGUACUCGCUGAAUGAUCGUGUAUUUAAAUUUCUGGGAGCGAUACACACCCUUAUAGAGAGAUUUCAUUCCUGGAGUAACAACUAUGCCAUGAAAUGUAAUCAUUACUCUUUCAUCCUUUUGCAAGUUUUACCAGCACAAUCGUUUACCAUGUUCUUGAACCCGCGACAUCUCGAGGUUUUCUGAUGUAUCGAGCUAAUCUGAGCUAGUGCUCCAGAGCGUGAGCUGAAAGUAGGUUGGGAAUUCAUAACCAUGGACUGGACUACGGUUCUACGUAGUAUUAAAUUGACAGUCGCUCUUCAUUUUGCAGUGUAAGAUAUCCCAGGGUAAGGUAUAACGCUCACGUUACUCUACUUGUCAGUGAUCAUAUUUUUUUUUCGUCUGCAGCGAAACCAAAAGUCUCUUUGGCUCAGCAAGAGGUUACCAUAGAUGAAAAGGAAACCAUUUCACUCGACUGUUUUGCACGCGAAAAGCCAACGCCCAUAUUCACAUGGAAAUUCUUGCGGGACAUUCCUCGUAAGUAACAGAUCUUGUUUUCUAGGAUUUUGCGUCCGUUCUGAAGCAGAGGGACAGGGAAAAAUCGGAGGAUGCAUAGACUGUUAGUUAACUGUUUUUGAUAUAAAUAAGUUAUCAUUCGGAUCUAAUUCAGGCUUGAUACGUUGAUUAAAAGUUCUAUCCUUGAACUUUCACAACUUUGGUAUUCGAAUUUUUCGUCCCAUUAGUAUCGGGAGAUUCUUUUGACCGUACUGUCUAUUUGAUUUUGGACCCUAUAAUUUUAGAAGCUCCUGGGAACUAAUGUAUGGAGGUUGUAUUCCAACAUCCAGAGAAGCAUGCUGAGGGAUGACAUGUACUACAGUAUAUGCAACUGUGAAAUCCUGGUUACGCGCCCUGAAACGAUCUCGUAACGGGGUUUGGUUGUGUUUAUACUUAAUGCUCUACCUCUCAAUAUUUUUUAAGGCUUUCUACUUUCCACCUUAUUCUGAGAGAAUUGAAAAAAUCAUUUUGGAGUUUUCGCUGUUCCUCGUGAGUGCUAAGUCAAUAGCAGAAAGGUUACAAUUGGCAAAAAAGGGAGGCGCUCAUAAAUGAAUUAUAAACAUAGAAAAUGUAAGUUAGGGCAAAUAGGCUUGAUAAAGAAAUCCUCAAUUACAAAAGAUUUAAAAAGAGUUUUUUUUUUUAAUUUUCAGCGGCAUUCCUUGGGAAGAUGUCGCAAGGAAGCUUGAAAGAUGCUGAUGGAACUGUGAUUGGUUCACGUCUGACAAUUACAGGAGCCACAGUCGAAAACACAGGGUCCUACGAGUGCACCGCGACUAACACCCAUGGCACUGAUAUGGGACUGUCGAAACUCACUGUUAAAGCAGUUAUUAAUAGUAACGAAGGCUCUGGUGCUUAGAUGAUUUAAGGCAGGUUUUUUUUUUUCUGAAACGCUCAUUCCAUGUUGAAGAAGCCCUGCAAACUUUGGCGCGACUUUACUUUCUGUGUUCACUUCAUGUUCUAAUUCUUUCAUUUUAAUCAUAGAUCCAGAAGAUUAAUUCUGCAGUUCUUGGAAGUGGAGGAUCCCAUAAAAGGCGUAGAAGUAAAAAGAAUUCGAAAGUGUUU